AUGUCGAGACACCCAACGGAAUGGAUGCAACAAGAGAAAGAUCCCUUGGACGAAUUUAUUCUCUACUUGCACCAAAUCAUGCCAAAUAUAAGUGACGAAGAAAGUUAUAUUCAACUUUAUAAGACCUACGAGUCACUAAUUAAUACGCACAAUGAUACAACAAAUCAAGACAACCCAGUCGAAUAUCCAGAUUUUAGUCAGAACCAAAUCAUCCGUGGAAUAUUUAUUUUCUUGUUUAUCGCCGAGUGUGCGAUUGGAAUGGUUGGGAAUUUCCUGGUCUGUCUCACCGUGUACUGGAACAAAUCAAUGCAGUCUCCGGUAAACUGCUACAUUGUUAACUUGUCAAUUUGCGACUUCCUCGUCGGAGCUGUCGUCCUUCCAAUAAAAUUAUUUGAAUUAGCUGCUGAUGCCGAGAUAAACAUGAUGACCGACUUUGCCUGCACAACCGUGCGCUUCGUGGAGGCUGUCGUCGUGUUUACGAGCGUUUUCACUCUGGUAGCAAUUUGUUUUGAGAGAACUGCUAAUUUUAUGCAAUCAUGA